UCGCCUGGCCCGCCCCGCCGCCCGCGCUGCCACCACCGCCGCCGCCGCCGCUACUGCUGCGGGGGCCGCGGGGGUCGCAGCUGGGGCGCGGAGGGGAGGCGAGGGGGCCGCGCCAGGCCCGAAGCCGAGGCGGGGCCAGGAUGCGGCGCUGAAGCCCAGCAUGGCCGGCCCAGGCCCCACCUUCCCGCUGCACCGCCUCGUCUGGGCGAACCGGCACCGCGAACUAGAGGCCGCACUGCACAGCCGCCAGCACGACAUUGAACAGGAGGAUCCCCGCGGGCGGACCCCCCUGGAGCUGGCCGUGUCUCUGGGAAACCUGGAGUCCGUGCGAGUGCUCCUUCGGCACAAUGCUAACGUGGGCAAAGAGAACCGCCAGGGCUGGGCAGUCCUGCAGGAGGCAGUCAGCACUGGAGACCCCGAGAUGGUGCAGCUGGUGCUCCAGUAUCGGGACUACCAGAGGGCCACGCAGAGGCUGGCGGGCAUUCCAGAACUGCUCAACAAACUUCGCCAGGUACAGCAGGGCACAGGCCCCUGAUUUCUAUGUGGAGAUGAAGUGGGAGUUCACCAGCUGGGUGCCCCUUGUGUCCAAGAUGUGUCCGAGCGAUGUGUACCGCGUGUGGAAGCGGGGUGAGAGCCUGCGAGUGGACACCAGUCUCCUGGGUUUCGAGCACAUGACCUGGCAGCGGGGCCGUAGGAGCUUCAUCUUCAAGGGCCAGGAGGCUGGAGCCCUGGUGAUGGAAGUGGACCAUGACCGGCAGGUGGUGCACGCAGAGACGCUGGGGAUCACUUUGCAGGAGCCUGAAGCGCUGCUGGCGGCCAUGAGGCCCAGCGAGGAGCACGUGGCCAGUCGCCUCACUUCUCCUAUCGUCUCCACCCACCUGGACACUCGGAAUGUGGCCUUUGAGAGGAACAAAUGUGGUAUCUGGGGCUGGCGGUCUGAGAAGAUGGAAACUGUUAGCGGCUACGAGGCCAAGGUAUACAGCGCCACCAACGUGGAGCUGGUGACACGCACACGCACGGAGCACCUCUCUGAUCAGGACAAGUCGAGGAGCAAAGGGGGGAAGACUCCGUUCCAGUCCUUCCUGGGGAUGGCCCAGCAGCACUCCUCCCACACUGGGGCCCCCGUGCAGCAGGCAGCCAGCCCCACCAACCCCACAGCUAUCUCCCCUGAGGAGUACUUUGACCCCAGCUUCAGCCUGGAGUCACGGAACAUUGGCCGCCCCAUCGAGAUGUCCAGCAAAGUACAGAGGUUCAAGGCAACACUGUGGCUGAGUGAGGAGCACCCACUUUCCCUGGGUGACCAGGUGACACCCAUCAUCGACCUAAUGGCCAUCAGCAAUGCUCACUUUGCCAAGCUGCGUGACUUCAUCACCCUGCGCCUCCCACCUGGCUUCCCCGUCAAGAUUGAGAUUCCCCUUUUCCACGUGCUCAACGCCCGAAUCACCUUCAGCAACCUGUGUGGCUGUGAUGAGCCCCUGAGCUCCGUGUGGGUGCCGGCCCCCAGCUCUGCCGUCCCAGCGUCAGGGAGCCCUUUCCCGUGCGAGGUGGACCCCACUGUGUUUGAGGUGCCCCAGGGGUACAGCGUGCUGGGCACAGAGCGCAGCGAGCCCCUCCGAGAUGAGGACGAUGACCUGCUACAGUUCGCCAUCCAGCAGAGCCUGCUUGAAGCAGGCACCGAGGCGGAGCAGGUGACCGUCUGGGAAGCCCUGACCAACACCCGGCCUGGUGCCCACCCUCCUCCCCAGGCCACAGUUUAUGAGGAACAGCUUCAGCUGGAGCGGGCCCUCCAGGAAAGCCUGCGGCUAUCCACAGAGCCCAGGGGCCCAGGAUCCCCUCCCAGGACACCCCCAGCCCCCAGCCCACCCAGCUUUGAGGAGCAGCUGCGCCUGGCCCUGGAGUUGUCUUCGCGGGAGCAGGAGGAGCGGGAGCGGCGCGGGCAGCAGGAGGAGGAGGACUUACAGCGGAUCCUGCAGCUGUCACUCACUGAGCACUGAGCCGCAGCCCCCGAGAGCGCGGCCGGCCCCCCCUGCCCGCUUUUCUAAUUUAUUUAUUUAUAAACUCUGCUGCUGAGCUUGGGGCCUGGAGCCCCAGUGUUGGGUGGGCAGGGGAGACAGAUGGAAAUAAAAGAGACUGCUGCAGCA